UUGAUGUUUUAUUGAGUUUUAGAAUGAACAAGAACAGGCACAGACAUAAAACAAGACGGGUCUACGGGGUGCAGUUCAACAUCACAUAUACAGUGGUUAUAAGACUGCAAAGCAUUAAGGGUUGCUCUACUAAUUUCAGAGAAAACCGGUACACAGAGCCAGAAUACAUCAAAUUAUAAUGUCUCAAGACAUAUCUCCCUGUCUGAGAACAUGUCUAUGUGUCCUUAAAAAAAGGUAAAAGAAUCCAAGUAAGGGUCAGUCCACACAGAUGUCCAGGAGAGGGGUACAACAGAUAGGCACCACAGAGAAGCGCACAAGGGGUCAAGGUCACGACUGUCCAUCCGUUUCCACACAGUUCACAUUGGCCUCAUUUCCAGUGGGAGGAGGGUGGAGUUCAUUGAACUACAAGCAACAGAUCCUUACACAUCAGUCUUGACAUGUACUUCCCCUAAUUCAACACUUACAUUUAUGGUGUUACACAGAAGGAAAAAAGAAGUGAUGGAGUACAUGCACGAGUAGGAAACUUGCAUAAAUUAAAUUUCUUGUUAAUCCCCUGCUGUGUUAAGAGGUAGUAACCAUUUCAUCCAAUAAUUAGCAAAUUUAUCCAUAUAAAGUUUCAAAGAGAAAGUCAAACUUUCCAUUCUGUAAAUUUCCUUUACAGUCCCUAUCCACUCUAAUUUUGUUGGGGGUUCUUUAAUCAUCCAUUUCCUAGUUAUGGCUUUUUUUUACUGGCUGCCAGCAGUAGGCUGGAGAAGAUACUUGUCACGAAAUUUAAGUUUUGCUUUGAUGGUUUUUAUUUAAGCCACCAACUACUUAUUCCUUAUUCUUAUGAUACAUUUUGAGAAAGAAAAACAAAACAAACAAAUAAAAAAAAAAAACUGUUGAACUUGUGGGCAUAAGAUCAUUGGAAAAAUUAAACGAUUAUUGACUAUUAAUUAAUCAAACUGCACACUAAAACCAGUCCACGUGUGCACAAAAAUACUUAGAAAAAUACACAAAAAAGGAAAGAAAAAAGGCAGAUAUCCUAGAUGUGGUCGCACAUGCAUGAGACAGGAGUCAGAGCAUCCAAACUGAACCGAUGAAGCUCCGCAUGCUGAUCCCGGCUGCGCCCCGCCACCAUAUCAUAAUGAACACCUGGGGACACGCCCACCCACGCGCUCUCAGCUCCGUUAUUGGCCGCACGUUUAAAUAUUCAUCAAGCUGCCCGGUGAUUGGCUCAAAUCUCACACAAGUGAUUUCAUAAAGCAAAUCCUUUGGAAGUUGUGUAAAGGGAAUAAGUGGGAAAAACCCUUGAGAUAACUGCGGUAUCCUCAGCGAAAUUACCCGCCGACUGUCUCUCUCUUUCUCUCUCUCUCGCUGUCAAUCGCUGGAGGAUUUGUCGGGAGUUUGGGAGCGUCUCUGCAUCUGUGAGUACCUGAGUUUACUUGCUGCUGCUGCUGCUGCUGCUGCUGCUGCUGCCUGUCUGGCUCUGGGUUCAGGAUUAACUGUAGCGCUCCGCUGGGAUUUGCUGCAGAAACAGCCGAUAGAAAGUUGAUCUCCGUCCUGAUUUGAACGCAAUAAAUCACCAGUCACAAGUAUUAAGACGCUUGUUCAUCAGUUUUCAAUCAGGUGCAGUCAGGCUGGUGAUGCUGUUUUAUCCUCACCUGCAAUAACUGGCACGAAUACUUCACACACAAAGUGGAUUCCCUAAAAAUAAGUGAUUGCCAAUGAGCAGAUAGUAAAAGAGGAGAUGACCGCAGUUACUUAUUGCAACAAUUAUCCUUUUUUGAAAUUAUUGUUAGCGUUACAAACUAUACUCGUCCUUUUUUUAUGAAUUGCGUUCUGCUUUUGUGCUCUGAAUAUUUUGUGCAUUUAAAGUUAGAGUUGUAAUUAGUUGCAUUUAGAGUUGUGCAUUUAAAUUCUUCUUUGAAAAAUACAAAAAGAGUAGACUGAUUGAUUGGUAGUCAGACAACCACUUUUAUUAUACAUCAUUAAUUUAAUAAGGCAUGUAGUAUGUAUCAUAUAGGGGGACUUGUGUGUCACUUAAAAAACAGCUAUCCAAAUGAUCUUCAUUAUAAAGUUUCCCCCAUUAAGUAUAAAAUGUUUUUUGUCACUUUUUUUGUGAAGCACACAAGGUUUUAUAGUCAGCGGUUGUAUUGUGUGUCUCUGUUGAGAUGAGGUGUUUUACAGUCUGAUAUUCACUGUGUUAAAUGAUGGAUGAAUUGGUGCUAAACAUUAAAGGUAAUUGCUGAUUGCUCAGAGUGAAUAUUAAGUGUAAUUCAAUGGGAGUAGCACAGCACUUUGUGUGUGUGUGUGUGUGUGUGUGUGUGUGUUCUGCAGUGGGGGUGUCCUUCACAGGGAAGAGCUCCUGGAAGCGUGUUUUGAAACUGAAGAUGUUGCUGGCUCUUUGUCGCAGUGUUAUCAGGAUCAGAGCUGGGCUUGAACGCUCCAGAAAGCACAUGCUGAUGUUGCACGCUGUGGUAAUGGCCUCUUAAUGCCAACAUAAAUAACCAAAUGGAAAACAUUUCUCUGCCUCACACAACAAAAAAUUUCCAGGGCUAUUUCAUGGUCUUUGACUGUUUUACUACAAACGAUAUUAUUUGAUGCCUCCUCCUAUUAUAGUGGGGCAGAUUGUUGUUGACCCUGCAGAUGCUAUUCUAAAAAACCCCCCAAUGAGUGCUGCAAUUUGUGACAGUUUUGUAAUGUCUCGCGCCUGGAAAGAUCACAUUGUAACUUUACUUGGGGUGUCUUGUUUCUGGAGUUUUAUUGCAGUGAAUCUGGGGCAAGUGUACUGUAUGUCCUUGACUGGAUAAUAUAGUAGCCCACCAUUUUAUCAUAUAGCGCUCCCCAAUGGUUUGAAGCACUCAUCUGUCCUUUGUCUACCUUUCUCUUCUAUCAGGUUAUUACUUUGUAGGGUUGAAUUAUUGGGGAUCCUUUACUUUUUCUAUGUUUUCAGGACGGACUGGUGCAGUACUGCUGUCUUAUAUUUUAUCCUCAUUUGUAUGGGCUUUACAGUUCAGCCGCACACCAUGUAAAAGUAAGUUUUGUCCUCUAAAACUGUAUUUAAAACUGACUCCCUAAGUGUGUCUUCACAUAAAAAGAUAUUCCUAGAGAUUAUACCCUUUUCCAACUCACUUUUCUUUUUACUUUUGUUCAUUUCAAGUUUCCUUUUCCUAUCUACCAAAGAGUAUAUGAGCAAGUCUGUAAAGCUGCCUUCUGUGGUCUGGAACUGCUCCGCUCAUUUGUCAUUACAUCCUGCUCUAACGGGGAGAAACUGCCUAAUCUUGAGCCCCUAGUGUUGUUAAUUAACCCUUCUUGCUAACAGCCACAGUCUACAUCGCUACCAGCUUUCCAAACAGCGUUAUCACCGCGCUGCCUGCCAGGGGAGCUAACAUCAGCCCCGGCUAUAUUUCUGCAGGUGUCAGUGGAGGUGCUUCCUUUCUCUGCUGCUGUGCUUUUGAGAGUAUUACUCAAACAGCAAUGCGGUUUUUAUCUUAAAUUGAAUUGUUGAAAGAGAUGUUAAAGAGCCAUACAUCACCUGGACACUCAGCAGAAAGGCAGAAUCUGCAGCAGUGUGGAAGCGGAGAUGGGAAUGGCUCAGUGGCAUUACAGAUGGAAUGAGUACUAUGACGAAGGCUGCGUUCAUAAAUCCACCGGCUGAGCAAAUCAAGUUGUCAGCUUGUAAACGCCAUUAAGUGUGUGUGUGUGUGUGUGUUUAAAGUUUUUCAGUGCUGUUAGUGAUGAGUGUUUUAUUUCAGCCUUAAAGAGGUGACCUUCCUCUUUCCUUUCUUCUCUCAGGGUUGUGUCUCUUCUCUCCUCACAGUUUGAGCAUCAGAAGCCCUGCCUCCACCUGCCUGCACUUCACAAGUCGAUUGGAUCAAUUCCUUUGUGUUCACCUUUUAUCUACUGACCACUAAAAGAACGAUUCUACAUCACACAGUCCUUUCAUCCAAAAAAAGCUUUUUCAAUUUAGGGUUGGUCACUGUCCCAGAGGAAACAGCUCCUCAGGUGAGGAUGUUGUUGUGGUUGGUUUUGUUCCUGCCCGCGCUCUCCUCGGCUCAGCGAUCAGAGCCCAUGUUCUCAGCUAUAACCAAGACCGUCCUUCCUCCCGACUACGACAACAACCCCAGUCAGCUCAACUACGGCGUGGCUGUCACUGAUGUGGACGGGGACGGAGACCUGGAGAUGUUUGUAGCUGGCUACAACGGCCCAAACCUGGUGCUGAAGUACGACAAGCAGAGGAGGAGGCUCGUCAACAUAGCUGUUGACAACCGCAGCUCCCCGUUUUACGCCCUGAGAGACCGUCAAGGCAACGCCAUCGGAGUGACAGCGUGUGACAUCGACGGAGAUGGUCGGGAGGAGAUUUAUGUCCUUAACACCAAUAACGCCUUCUCUGGUCGGGCUACGUAUUCUGACAAGCUGUUUAAGUUCCGUAAUGGACGCUUUGAAGAUCUGCUGAAUGAUGACAUUAACGAACACAGAGAUGUAGCCAACCGUAUGGCUGGGCGCUCAGUGGCCUGUGUGGACAGAAAGGGUACAGGCCGUUAUGCUAUCUACAUAGCUAACUAUGCCAGUGGCAACGUGGGUGACCACGCACUCAUAGAAAUGGAUGAGACUGCGAGCGACCUCUCACAAGGCGUCAUUGCCCUCUCCAAUGUGGCAGAACAGGCCGGAGUCAACAAGUUCACUGGAGGGCGAGGGGUUGUAGUGGGGCCCAUUGUAAGCCAAACCUUUUCGGAUGUGUUUUGCGACAACGAGUAUGGUCCCAACUUCCUCUUCAGGAACAACGGAGAUGGAACCUUCACUGAUGUGGCGCAGCAGGCUGGAGUGGAGGACCCCAUGCAGCAUGGCAGAGGUGUGGCUCUCGCGGACUUCAACCGUGACGGCAAGACAGACAUUGUGUACGGCAACUGGAACGGACCUCAUCGCCUGUACAUGCAGCUGAACAACCGCAAGCAGAGGUUCAAGGACAUAGCAUCCCAGAAGUUUUCUAUGCCAUCCCCAGUUCGCACUGUUAUCGCUGCAGAUUUUGACAAUGACAACGAGUUGGAGGUCUUCUUCAAUAACAUCGCCUACAGGGGCCCCUCCGCUAACAGACUGUUUAGGGUGAGCAGGAGAGAGCAUGGAGACCCCCAGAUAGAAGAGCUGAACAUUGGGGAGGCAUCAGAGCCAGAGGGACGAGGAACUGGAGCUGUAGCCACAGACUUUGAUGGUGAUGGGCGUCUGGAACUGCUGGUGUCUCACGGUGAAAGUGCAGCGCAGCCGCUUUCUGUCUACAAAGUCAACCAGGGCACCACUAACUCAUGGCUGCGUGUGAUUCCCCGGACCAAGUUUGGUGCUUUUGCCAGAGGAGCGAAAGUGGUGGUGUACACCAAAAAGACUGGUCCACACACACGCAUCAUUGAUGGCGGCUCCGGGUACCUGUGUGAGAUGGAGCCUGUCGCACACUUUGGCCUCGGUAAGGAUGUGGCCACCAACGUCGAGGUGUACUGGCCAGACGGCCGCUCAGUUGCCCGACCCCUGGAGCCAUCAGAGAUCAACUCUGUGCUGGAAAUCCAUUAUCCAAGAGACGAGGAGGAGGUCACUCCCACUGUGGAAAUAGAGUGUGGUCAUGGGUUUGCCCUCAAUGAAAAUGGCCGCUGCACUGAUAAAGAUGAGUGUACCCAGUUUCCCUCUGUGUGCCCCUCUGACCGUCCCAUCUGCACCAACACAUAUGGCAGCUAUAAGUGCCGCGCCAAGAGGAGAUGCAACCAGGGCUUUGAGCCCAACAAUGAUGGGUCAGCCUGUGUGGCCCAGGUGGCUUACUUUGGGGGAACGCGGUCAUCUGGGGAACGCAAAUGGUCGGGCCUAUCCUUCUGGCUGCUGUCCGUCUCUGUGCUACCACUUGUCUCUUCCCAUCUCCAGACUGGACUACUGUAGCUGCCGCUCUCCUCUCCCCUUCCUGACUCUCCACUGAUGAACGGGGAUGUACAGAAACUCUCGGAGCAAACUUUUCACUGAAACGUCAUCUCUUCCUCCUCUUCUUCCUAGAAAAAACUCUCUAUGGAUCUGUGCUAUCUUUUUCCAUCAAUUAUUUACAAUCUUGCCCACUCCUUACCGCUACUAUGUGUCACCUCUUGGCUCCCAGCCACCUCUGGACUAUAAAAAAACUCACAGGGAGCAUGCUCGCUGGGAGCUACGGGGUUCAGAACUAACCAUAUCACACCCGCAGAACUGCAGCGUAUAAACCUCUGCACAUACAGCAGACAGAUCUACUGGCUCCACAGACCACAUUCAUUAGAGACACGCUGAGGCCCCAUCUGUAUCUCCACAAUGCCGCUAUGUUAAUCCUUACAAUGCCACACUCAUUCUUAUUAUGAGCUUACUGGGAUGCUGAGGAACACCAGGUCUCCAAGCUUUAGGUUUCGUGUGUGUGUGUUGCGUCCAAAGAGGCAGUCGGGUAGAGGAACAUAUGACAGACCAUCUGUCUCCGAUGGUAGGUUACAUUUCGUUACCGAUGAAUAAUACAACAGCACAGUGAAGAAGAUAAACACAAGUGUAUGUUUGUGUGUGAGCACAAGAGGAGGCAGGAGCAAAUGUAGUUUUAAGUACAGUAGCUGGAAGGUGUACUUAAAUCCAACUACAUUUACCAUAGUUUUAAAAUGUAGAGCUGCAAGAUGUAAAUAUUAAAUGAGCCUUCCUGUUGAGAUAAUGUUAAUUUAUUAUUUAUUUCCCAUCUUCCAGUCUUAAUGAAAUAAAGUUUAGGUAACAAGAACAAAAAGACAGAAGGAAGAAGAUUUUUUCAUAAUUUUCCUGAAAUUAAAUUAUGUUCUUUAAAAACACCUCAAACAAAACUCACCAGUCAAUUUAAUGAAGCUCUUGUGAUUUUCUUUAUGUUUUACAAUAUACUCAUCAUGAAGGCCUCAGUAUAUACCAGUUUAAAUGUACAAAUUUAAAGUUUUGAAGCACAGGAGCUGGGAAGUAUACUUGAAUCCAUCAUAAUUUAUUUAACAAAUUUGAAAUCAUUUACAAAUAUAUUACAAUGGUGGCGAUGUUCUUUAUUUAUGUUUACACAUCACAUGAAAAGACCAAAAUCAACAAUGCAUUAGUCAGUCGUUCAAUGCUGUCUAACUUCCCUACCCUGUCUGUGGCACUGAAGUCAUGAAUCUUUAAAAAUGCAUUUUAAAUUAAUUUCAUAAUAAAUAAUUUCCUAAAACAUCUGGGGCACUGUAGUUUUAGUUGAUGUUGCUCAAAAAGUAGUAAAUUAUGUUUUUGUUGGGGACAAUUUUAGCUAUGGAUUUGAUCUGCCAGUAUGUGGGAUAGACUCAAAAUAAACUACAGUGUGGCUCACUGAUGUGUUUUUAAUGGCUUUUAGUAAAUAAUGGACGUCUAUGGCACUACAGUAUAUCAGACAUCACUUAGGCCUACUAUACAUAGGCUUAAUAUGUUGUUGGCUUUGUUUUUUUCAUUUCAUUUAUUGACAAUAAGAACAAUGUAGAUGACCACCAGCUCACAAUUUUUAACUGUUAAUAUUAAUCUUAACUUAGUUUUUACUGCACAUUCUUAUUUAAAUGAAAUAAAGCUCCAAGAAAAAAGACAUGAAGACAAAAGAAAAGAGAUGAGGACAUUUUUGGGUCUGUGCUUUUCAUAAAAUUAAAAAAAAAAGAACUCUGUAAGGUGAGCUCAUGAAUAAAAGAACGCCGGAGUCUUUAACAAACGCUGUUUACUUCAACAGGCUAACAGGAAAUCAAAACAUAGGUCUCAGUAGCGGCAUAGUAUUGUAUAUUAAGUAGUAGCGAUCUUGACUCUCUAGCUCUCUAUACACAGUGUCUCAACUAGUACUUGCUUUACAGGGGACCUAUUAUGCUUUUUCCUAUUUUCAGACAUAUAUAUAAUGUCACAAUGUCGAAUGUUCAUGUUGAAAGUGGCCAAAGUGUCAACUAAUGAGGCAAACAUUUGGAAAAGUUAUCCCUGUGAGCAAAAAGCACUGGCUUCAGACUGCUCUGAACGCUCAGUUUCUCACAAUUUUUUCUACUUUCAGCCCAAGCUGACAUCGACUCGUGAUGGAUCGCUUUACAUGGUCAUCUGCUCCACGUGCAGCGCAUGAGUUCACUGUUUUGGUCCACUAACAUUAUGGCGUUUUUCCAUUGCUUUGGGGGUAGUCACACCAAGCCAUGACUUCGUUGAACUGGCAUGCUGUGAGUGUUUUUCCAUUACACGGCAUGGCAAAGUAAAAUAAGUACUUUACCUG